AUGGCGCGGCUGCCCCUGGCCCUGUGGCUCGGGCUGGCGGCGCUUUCCCUGCAGACCCCGGCGGGCGGCGAGCCGGGCCCCGAGCUCCCCUACGGCGAGACCGUCAUUGACCUGCUGGAGGCGCUGAACGUCACCCGCUCCGUCCCGGGCGUCAGCAGGGCCGCGGGCCCCGAGCCGGGCGCGCCGGCCUGGAAGUUCCGCCAGCGGGUGCCCCACCUGACGCUGCCCUGGGACUACGCCGUCUACCUGCUGGCCAGCUCGCAGGGCGCCCUGGGCUUCCACUUCGUGGCCAGGCAGAGCCGGGGCUCGGCGGGCACCCUCAUCUCCCUGGUGUCGCCGGCCGCCGCCGAGCGGGACGGGCGCCCGCUGCUGCAGCUGGCAUCCAGCGCCCGCGCCAACCAGCUGCGGCUGGACUACCGCGCCGGGCCCAGCAUGGAGCCCGCCUCGCUGCUCUUCCCCGGAGGCAGCCCCUUGGCCCGGGGCCGCUGGGCCCGGCUGGCCCUCGACCUGCAGCCCCACCGCCUGGCGCUCUUCGUGGACUGCCGCCCGGCCGUGCUCCUGGAGAGGGGCAGCCCGGGGGAUGUGCUCAGCCUGCUGCUGCCCCUCGACCUGCAGGUCACCUUCGCCAGCCUGCCCGGGGACGCGGCCAGCAAGUUCCUGGGAUAUUGGCAGACGGCUGAGAUCUCCCCCAGCGGGUUCCCACGCCGGCCAUGGCACUGCGAGAACCUGGCAGACCCCUUCCCCGUGCCAUACACCCUGGUGGAGGAGGGGGACCUGGCCGAGCCCCCGUUUGAUCAAGGAUCCCCCCUGGCCCUGGAGCCGCCGGCCCUCGCCGACAUCCGCAACUACCAGCAGCAGCCCGGCGAGCCUGAGUUCCCCCCGGGGGUGGCGCGGCCCCAGCCGGGCGCCCUGGAGGAGAGGGUGCAGCAGCUGGAGGAGCUGGUGGAUGGAUUUGGGGCCGUGCUGGACAAGGUCAAAGCGCAGAACUCGGAGCUGCUGGCCCGCGUGAAGUCCCUGGAGAGCUGCGAGUGCCGGCGGCCGGUGUGCGUGUGGGAGGGGACGCAGCGCGAGGACGGAGCCUCCUGGGACAAGGACGACUGCACCACCUGCGUCUGCCUGCAGGGGGCGGCGCGGUGCUCGGCGCGCCGGGACCGGCCCCAGUGCCUCGGCUGCGAGUACGACGGGCAGCGGUACCAGGACGGAGACGCCUUCCUGGCCACAUCCAACCCCUGCAUGAACUGCUCCUGCCUGGACGGGAAUGUCCAGUGCUUCCGACUCGUCUGCCCGCAGCUCCACUGCGCCACCCAGGAGGAGGUGCCCGGGGCCUGCUGCCCCCGCUGCCAGGGCUGUGUGGACGGAGCCGCCCGGCGGGAGCACGGUGAGGAGUGGGCGCCGCGUGCAGACCCCUGCCAGAGCUGCCGGUGCUUGGAUGGCCGCGCCGUGUGCAGGAAGAGGCAAUGCGCCAGGCUGUGCCGUCACCCUGCCAGCCCCCGGCCGGGCACCUGCUGCCCCAUCUGCGAUGGCUGCUCGCUGGACGGCCGGGAGUUUGCCAGCGGGGAGCCGGUGCCCAGCGGGGAGCCCUGCACCCAGUGCGCCUGCGUGAGCGGGAACGUGUUGUGCAAACCCACCGGCUGCCCGGCUGCCCCCUGCCCGGAGCCCGUCCGGAGACCUGGCGAGUGCUGCCCGCGGUGCCAGGACUGCCUCUCCGACGCCCAGCCCGUCCCGCACGGCGCCGUCUUCACCCCCCCGCAGGAGCCCUGCCUCAGCUGCCGCUGCCAGGCCGGGGAGGUGUCGUGUGAGCGCCUGGAGCAGAGCUGCCCGCCCGCGCCCUGCAGCCACCCUGGCACCGCCCCGGGCCAGUGCUGCCCGGCCUGCCACACGUGUGAGUACGAGGGGCGCCCGUACCGGCACGGAGAGACCUUCACGCCCCCAGGCCAUGGGCCCUGCGCGCGGUGCACCUGCUCGGCUGGGCACGUGCGGUGCCAGGAAGAGGGGUGCCCCCCCGUGCCCUGCGCCCAGCCCAUCCGGGACCCCCAGCGCUGCUGCCCCAUCUGCAAAGUGUGCGUGGUGGCCGGGGAGGAGUUCGAGGAGGGGGCGCAGUGGGAGCCGGACGGGGACCCCUGCAGCACCUGUACCUGCCUCGCCGGAGAGCCCGUCUGCCGGGCCCUGCCGUGCCCGCCCGUCGCCUGCCAGCACCCCGCCCGGCGGAGCGGCGACUGCUGCCCGACCUGUGCCCAGUGCUCCUACCACCAGCACGUCUAUGCCAACGGGCAGCCCUUCGCCGACCCCCACAGCCCCUGCCAGCGCUGCCAGUGCACGGACGGGACCGUGCAGUGCUCGCCCGUCGCCUGCCCCCCGCCCAGCUGCCCCCGCCCGGAGAGGCAGCCCGGCCAGUGCUGCCCCACGUGCCCAGGCUGCAGCGUGGAGGGGGCCACAGUGGCGGCGGGCGAGCAGUUCCCCAGCCCGCGGGACCCCUGCCAGCUGUGUGUCUGCACCGCCGGGGACGUCAGCUGCUCCGCCCGCGACUGCCCCCGUGCCCUGUGUGCCCGCCCCCUGCCCGGCUCCUGCUGCCAGAACAACUGCAACGGCUGCAGCUACGGGGGGAAGGAGUACCCCAACGGCGCCGAGUUCCCACACCCCACGGGCCGCUGCAAGCAAUGCCACUGCCUCAAUGGCAACGUUCAGUGUCUGUCACGGCGCUGCCCCCCCCUGCUCUGCGCGGAGCCCAUCCUGGUGCCCGGCGGGUGCUGCCCCCAGUGCCCAGAGCCCCCGGCUGGCUGCCUUUAUGCGGGCGUCUCCUACCAGCACACGCAGCGAUUCUACGACCCCUCGGACUCCUGCCGCCACUGCAUCUGUGCCAACGGGACUGUCACCUGCCAGCGCCAGCCUUGCGCCCCCGUUCUCUGCACCCACCCCCUGCAGCAGGACUGCUGCCGCUCCUGUGAUGGCUGCCUGUACCAGGGGAAGGAGCUGCCCAAUGGGGAGCAGUUCCCGGACCCCGCGGAGCCGUGCCGUGUCUGCACCUGCUGGGAGGGCAGCAUCUCCUGCCAGCCCAGGACCUGCCCGCCGCUCCAGUGCCCCUUCCCUGCCCGGGGGCCGUGCUGCCAGGUCUGCGAAGGCUGCGAGUACCUGGGCGAGGGUUACCUCGAUGGCCAGGAGUUCCCAGACCCCCAAGACGCCUGCGGCCACUGCACCUGCCUCCGUGGCUUCGUCACCUGCACCAAGACACCCUGCGACCCGCCAGGCUGUCGCCACCCCACCAGUCCCCCUGGCCAAUGCUGCCCCGUGUGCCAGGGCUGCCACUUCCAGGGCCAGGACCUUGCGGACGGGGAGACCUUCCCGGCCCCCAGCGGGUGCUGCGAGCAGUGUCGCUGCCUGCGGGGAGAGGUGUCCUGCGGGCCCCUGCCCUGCCCUGGGGUGACGUGCCCCCACCCGGCCGUGGGCCCCUGCGACUGCCCCGUGUGUGACGGCUGCAGCUUCCACGGGCGAGCGUGCAGCAACGGAGAGCGCUUCCCCGACCCCCACGAUGCCUGUCGCCUCUGUUCCUGCCUGGAUGGCAGCGUGACGUGUGUGCCCGUGCCGUGCUCCCCCGCCCCCUGCCGGAACCCUGUCGCCCUGCCCGGCCAGUGCUGCCCCCAAUGCUCCGGUGCCUGCCGCUACCAGGGCCACCUCUACGAGAGCGGGACCACCUUCCGCCCCCCAGGGGGGGACCCCUGCUCCACCUGCACCUGCCUGGACGAAGCAGUGACGUGCCAGCGCGAGCCCUGCCUGCAGCAAUGCACCCACCCCGUGCCGCCCGCCGCCCCCUCCUGCUGCCCCGACUGCGACCGCUGCCUCUUCGAGGGCCAGGAGCUCGCCAGCCGCCAGGCCGUCACCCCGCCCUCGGACCCCUGCCAGCGCUGCCACUGCCUGCAUGGCAACGUGCUCUGCACCCCCGUCCUGUGUCCCCAGGCCGCCUGCGCCAGCCCCGUCCGGCGCCCGGGCCACUGCUGCCCCGAGUGCCCAGGUGGCAGCCACCGGGGAUUUGGUGCAAAUGUUCCGCCCAAACGCCGCUGGUCAGCGAAGACAUGGCCCAGACCAAGGGCGUUCGACCUUCGACCCUGGGCAUCGGCACCCGCAGCUGGGGGUGGGGACGUGCUCUGUGUGAUGGCCCCGUGCCCCCUGCUGACGUGCACCCACCAGGUGACAGAGCCCGGGGACUGCUGCCCCCGCUGCAAAGGCUGCAUGUACGACGGGCAGGAGCACGCCAAUGGCACCAGCUGGUUCUCCUCCCCCUGCGUGUCCUGCCUGUGCAUCCACGGCAUCGCCACCUGCGCCCAGAUCCGCUGCCUCGGCUCCUGCCUCCGCCCCGUCCAGGUGCUGGGGGAAUGCUGCCCACUGUGUGCAGACUGCAUGUUGGAGGGCCGGCCGUACAGCCCCGGGGAGAGCUUCCAGCCGUCGCUGGACCCCUGCGAGAUCUGCACCUGUGAGCUGCUGGCGGCCGGGGGGCCGCACGUGCGCUGCUACCGCAGACAGUGCCCCAGCCUGGUGGGCUGCCCCAGGAGCCAGCUCCAGCCGCCCGGGCCGCACCACUGCUGCCCCACCUGUGCCCAGGCCUUGAGUAACUGCACGGCCGAGCUGGCCGGGAACGAGCUCCAGGCGGCCGACGACCCCUGUUACACCUGCCAGUGCAAGGAUCUCACCUGGGUGUGCGUGCGCCAGGGCUGCCCGCAGCUCAGCUGCCCCCUCACUGAGCAGUUCACCCCCCAGGGCGCCUGCUGCCCCGUCUGCGACGAGUGCGUGAUCGAGACUGGAGGGCGCCGGGUGUCGGACGGUGAGAGCUGGACGGACAGCGAGGACGACUGCGUCAGCUGCACCUGUAAUCGGGGCCACGUGGAGUGCCACAUCGCAGAGUGUGAGCCCGUGGAGUGCCAGGGCGGCCUGCGGAGGGUGCGGAUGCCCGGCUCCUGCUGCUACGAGUGCCAAGCCCCGGAUGGCUGCUGCUCCUACCAGGGCCAGCGGUACCAGGCCAGCGAGCACUGGCAAGUGGACACCUGCACCACCUGUACCUGCGUCUCCGGGGAGGUGCACUGCCGGAGCCAGCGCUGCCCCCCAGCUGCCUGCGCCGCGGAUGAGACACCCGCGCUAACGCCAGGCAUGUGCUGCCCUCACUGCCUGCCCCGCCCCGCCACCUGCCUGGCCUUCGGCGACCCGCACUACCGCACCUUCGACGGGCGACUGCUGCACUUCCAGGGCACCUGCACCUACGUCCUGGCCCAGGACUGCCGGGGGGGCGACUUCAGCAUCCACGUGACCAAUGACGACAGGGGGCGCCCGGGCGUGGCCUGGACCAAGGAGGUGACGGUGCAAGUCGGGGAUGCCGUGGUGCAGCUGCUGCAGGACUGGCUGGUCAGGGUGGACGGCCAGGUGGUGACGCUGCCCUUCCUCAAGGAGCCCCACCUCUACGUCGAGCGCCAAACCAACACCGUCCUGCUCAACACCAACAUCGGCGUGAAGGUGCUGUGGAGCGGGCGCUCGCAACUGGAGGUCAGCGUGCCUGGCACUUACAAGGGGCACACGUGCGGCCUGUGCGGCGACUUCAACGGGCACCCGCAGGACGACGCCCGCCUGCGCUCGGGGCAGCUGGCCCGUGCCGAGGCCGCCUUCGGCAACAGCUGGAGGGUGCCGAGCGGGAACGGCACGGGCGGGCCGUGCGCCGACGGGCGAGAUGUGGAUCCCUGCAAGGAGGCCGGCUACCGCGCCCGCAAGGAGGCCAACGCCCGCUGCAAGGUGCUGAAGUCGGGGGCAUUCGAGCCCUGCCACCCCCUGGUGCCCCCGGAGCCCUUCUUCGCCGCCUGCGUCUACGACCUGUGCGCCUGUGGGGCCGGGGCCGACCAGUGCCUGUGCGACGCGCUGGAGGCCUACGCCGCCCUGUGCCGCCGGGCCGGGCUGGCUCUGCGCUGGCGCUCACCCACGCUCUGCGCCGUCGGCUGCCCCCAGGACCGGGGCUACGUGUUCGACGAGUGCGGCCCACCCUGCCCCAAGACGUGUUACAACAAGGACGCGCCGCUGGGGGCCAUCGAGUCGCGCUGCUUCACGCCCUGCGUGCCCGGGUGCCAGUGCCCUGCCGGGCGGGUAGAGCACGAGGCCCACUGCAUCCUGCCCGAGGCCUGUCCCCGGGUCGUCUACGGCAGCCUCUGAGCCCCCGAAGCCCCUGCCCCCGGGACUCCCGUGCCCUCCGCCAUGGCCCCGGGGCCGGCCACCCUCCCUGCCACAGCCCCCGGGACCCCCGCGCCCUCUGCCAUGGCUCUGGGGCCGGCCACCCUCCCUGCCACAGCCCCAGAACACCCGCACCCUCCGCCAUGGCCCCGGAGCCAGACACCCUCCCUGCCACAGCCCCCGGGACCCCCGCGCCCUCCGUCGUGGCCUCGGGCCCGGCCCACUCCCAGUUAGUGCCCUAGACGUGACCCUUUGUGAGGAAGUGGGACUGUUCUAAAUGUUUCCUCUGAAUACCGUGUGGGUGCCUCAGUUUCCCCAAGCAUUUCUUAAGUCUCUAGGUGGUGGGAUAAGGGGGUGUGAUUGUUGCAGAGCAAAGGGUCAGUGCACAUACAUGGCCGACACCCUGUUUCCUGGCAACUAAUGGCCCACAAGGCGAUAGCUGAAGGUGCUGGAGAACAAAGGAAUCAGGUGACCUCCUGGCCCGGGAAAGGGACUGAGCAGAGGAGGGGCUGGAGGGGGUUGGUCAGUCUGGAGCUGG